AAACCAUUCUGGUCGAUCAACACAACACAUGGUAGUGGAGGGUGAAUUAUAUUUAGUAGGUAGGAAAAGCAGAAUAUCUCUCCGAAGAACCAAACGACGUCGUUAUGCCCUGACUUUUUCUACAGUUUCUGUAUUUCUCAUUCUCAAUCUACAUGCACACUCAACUCCCCGUAAAUCCUCAGAUCUCACAGCUCUCAAGCUGCAAUGGCGUCGGUUUCCUCGGGACCCCGCACGGUAGAGGAGAUCUACAAGGAUUACAGCGCUCGCCGUAUUGGAAUUGUCCGCGCCUUGACUUAUGAUGUGGACGAAUUUUAUGGACUCUGUGAUCCAGAGAAGGAAAACUUGUGUCUGUAUGGACACCCAAAUGAGACUUGGGAAGUUAAUCUUCCAGCGGAGGAAGUUCCGCCUGAGCUCCCAGAGCCAGCCCUCGGAAUCAAUUUUGCAAGGGAUGGAAUGAAUAGAAGAGACUGGCUUUCCCUAAUUGCUGUGCACAGUGAUUGUUGGUUGCUCUCCGUGGCUUUCUACCUUGGAGCUAGGCUAAACCGCAACGAAAGGAAGCGCCUUUUCAGCUUGAUGAAUGAACUCCCUACAGUCUUUGAGGUCGUGACUGAAAGGAAGCCCAUGAAAGACAAGCCCAAUGCUGACAGUGGAAGUAAAUCCCGCAUGGCCACAAAGAGAUCGAACGAUGGUCAGGCUAAGAUCAACUCCAAGUUGGCAGAUGAGACUUACGAAGAAGAUGAAGAUGAACACAGUGAAACACUGUGUGGUACAUGUGGAGGAAAUUACAAUGCAGAUGAGUUCUGGAUCGGAUGUGACAUUUGUGAAAGAUGGUACCAUGGCAAAUGCGUGAAAAUCACGCCUGCUAAAGCUGAGAGCAUCAAGCAGUACAAAUGUCCUUCCUGCGUGAAACGUGGCAGGCAGUAGUUUAAUAAGCCAGGGUUCACUAAAAAGCUCGAUCGAGUAUUUUCUGACCAAGAAAUAGUAUGAUUUUAUGGUAAUAUUUGCAAGAAACGAAAAAGAAGUAUUAUAUUAUGGUAAUAUUUGCAUCUCGAUUUUAUUUAAUAGCUGGACNUUUCUUUUUCGUGCAUGCCGUUAGAAGUUAUGUUUUGUUCU